CUCCGGCUCUGAAGAAGUCCGCCACUGCGUCCAGGUCGUCCGUCAUAGUAUGAUUCUGACUGCAGCCCGUAAUCUUCUAGGUCUGUUUAGGCAAAAUAUGAUCCAUUCCCCGAAGUAAGCACCACGUGCGACUGCCUACGGAUCCACCAAUCAAGCUUGCCUGACAGUACAGAGGCGUGAGACAUGAAAGGGAUGACUAAGUUCUUUGCGGCCUGACAGACGCACGAAUCGACACUUGCAGCAUAAUCACCAGGUGGUAUUGGACUAAGAAAAAUCGGUAUUUAAGAGGCUGAUGAUACCCAAGCAUAAACCCACAGAACUUUGAUAUGGCUUCUAACACUGAACACCAGCCAAAACAGGUCGCUAUCUUACUCGAAGGCCAAAACAAAGUCGAUGUGUAUGAAGCCACAGGUGGCGCCGUUACUUCUCAAUUUGCAGCUCACAACUUGUCUCUCCUCCCACCCAUACCCCCAACCUCGGUUAUCCAUGACAACGCAUGUGGUGCCGGAACAGUCUCUCGCAUAAUUCUUUCCUCAAAUGCGCUAUCAGAUCUAAAGAUAUACGCCACGGAUAUCGAUCAAGUCUUCCUCGACAAGCUUCGAUCAGAUGCAGAUAGAAACUCCUGGCCGAUCUAUGUGUCCAACCAGAAGUCUGAGAGUCUAUCGUUUCCCGACAACCACUUUACGCACUCUAUCAAUAACAUCGGUAUUUUCUUUACUACUGGUGCUGGUCUCGACGGUGCCAAAGAAAUCUACCGUACACUUCAACCUGGCGGGACCGCUGUAGUAAAUUGCUGGGAGGAUGUCACUUGGUUACCACCCUUUGCGCUCGUACAUCAAGCACUCCGUCCAGGGAACCCCUACCCAGCACCUCCCAUCAUCUGGAAAGACGGGCAGCAAAUCCAGAGAGUGAUGUUGGAAGCAGGCUUCUUGAAGGAGAAUAUGAGAGUCGAAAGGAGCGAGGCGUGGGCGAAGACUACCGACUUGAAGGACUGGGCAGAAAAGUCUUGGGCGUAUUUGGGUAACAUAGGGGGCUGGAAGGAGACGGAUGGUGAGAGAUGGGACGAAGCUGUCGAUCUACUUGUGAAGCAUAUCUUGGAGCAGGAGGGCACCAAGAAGGUUGGAGAGGAAGUAUGGAUGAGGGCUAGUCAAUGGGUGGUUAUCGCUCAGAAGUAAGCUUCGCUAGGGUAGUAGCAUGGUAUGUUCAUCUGCAUCGUGAUAUCAUGCUAUGGGAUAUUGUCGUCUGUGGUGUUGGGGAAAGGUUGGGAACUACAGUAUCCAAGCAUGUACUGCAGAGCCGUCAUCAGAUUCCAUCAAACUCGAUAACCUGCGUUCUCUAGCAUGAUAGCCAUUGGCACACACCACACCCUUAACUGUACGUUUCCACAAUUGGCUCCUAGACACAACUUAUAACAAAAUUCCUAGCGCUGGAAAUCAAGUCCAAUUGUUGAAGUUGAUUGUUGGGCGAGUUGGGCGGACCAGAAGGCGGUGGUGACGGCGUUGUAGGAUCAG